AUGUAUGACUUCGGUGACUCGGGUAGUGCGCACAAUCUACGCGUAGGGGAUGACUACUGUCUAUGCAAAUAUUAUNCUCCUGAUCCUCCAAACCCUGAGGAUCUCCCAGUGGCUUGCAGGGAUGUUAUGUUCGGUUACUCGGAGCAUGUGAUGAGCUUAGGUGGUUUGGUCUUUGAACUUCUCUCAGAAGCUCUUGGUUUGAGCACUGAGACCCUUAAGAACAUGGAUUGCAUGAAGAGUAUGUAUAUGAUGAUGACAAACGACAAGUUCAAAAGCGUUGAGCAUAGGGUGCUUGCAAACAGAGUUGGACCGAGGAUAUCAGUGGCAUGCUUUUUCAGCUCGAGUAUGAGUCCAAAUCCCACUGUUUACGGACCGAUCAAAGAACUUGUCUCUGAAGAAAACCCUCCAAAAUAUAGAGACUUCACCUUACUUGAGUACUCAAAGGGAUACAUUGAAAAAGGUCUGGAUGGAACAUCACUUCUGUCGCAAUUCAGGAUAUGA